UCUUGUACUGUUGUUUCUUUUUUAAAGGCCUCAAUGAUCUCUUCAUGAAAGUGAAUACUUUAGUUUCUCUUAGUUGUUUAGGGAAUUGGCGUUUUUGUCAACAAUUGAUGUUCAAACGGGUGUUUCAUCUAGCGUACUUUUUGUCCGCCUGACAUCCCUUUCCAAUCCUCUUAAUUUUCUACGGAUCAUAUUCUGAAAUGGAGGAGACAUGGCAAUGGAAAUUUGAGAGGAGAUUGAUGGUUCUUCUCCAUUAGCAGAACAAGGAAUUAAGCACCAUUUCUUAUCAGUGGGGAGCAGAAAAUGCGGGGUGGCCGGAGGAGAGGGAUACUCUUUAGCAAACUCUACUCGUUUUCGUGCAUCCGUUCUUCGACUGAGGAUGAUCAUUCCCUGAGAGGGCAGAGAGGUUACUCGAGAGUGGUCUACUGUAACGACCCUGAAAACCCUGAAGCAUUACAGCUUAACUACAGGGGAAACUAUGUAUCCACCACCAAGUAUACGGCAGCUAAUUUCAUCCCCAAGUCUUUGUUUGAGCAGUUUAGAAGGGUUGCAAACCUAUACUUUCUUGUGGUAGCUUGUGUUUCCUUUAGUCCUUUGGCGCCUUACCGGGCUGGUAGCAUUGUUGUACCUCUUGUGAUAGUGAUUGGAGCUACGAUGGCCAAGGAGGCUGUCGAAGACUGGAGGCGCAGGAAGCAGGAUAUAGAGGCAAAUAAUCGAAAGGUCAAAGUGUAUGAAAAGGAUCAUACCUUUCAUGAAACUAGGUGGAAGAAUCUCCAGGUUGGAGAUCUUGUCAUGGUGGAGAAAGAUGAAUUCUUUCCUGCUGAUCUGCUUCUGCUUUCUUCAAGUUAUGAUGAUGGGAUUUGUUAUGUUGAGACCAUGAACCUUGAUGGUGAGACGAAUUUAAAAGUCAAGCAGAGUUUGGAGGCAACAGCUGCUCUGCAUGAUGAGUACUUCCGGAAAUUUAAAGCAGUUGUGAAAUGUGAGGACCCAAAUGAACACUUGUAUUCCUUCAUAGGAAGUUUGUACUAUGAUGGCAAACAGUAUUCUCUUUCGCCUCAGCAAAUUCUUCUGAGAGAUUCAAAGCUUCGAAACACUGAAUACAUCUAUGGAGUGGUCAUUUUUACUGGUCAUGACACAAAAGUAAUGCAGAAUGCUACAGAUCCUCCUUCAAAGAGGAGUAAGGUUGAAAGGAAAAUGGAUAAGAUAAUCUAUUUCCUUUUCGGUGUCCUGGUUUUGAUUUCUUCUGUUGGAUCUGUUUUUUUCGGUGUUCAAACUAAGAAUGAUAUUAGUGGAGGAAGGUAUAAAAGGUGGUAUCUUAGACCAGAUUCUACAACUGUAUUUUUUGACCCAAGAAGAGCUUCUUUUGCAGCAUUUUUCCAUUUCUUGACGGGUCUUAUGUUGUAUGGAUAUUUGAUACCAAUAUCCUUGUAUGUCUCCAUUGAAAUUGUGAAGGUUUUACAGACCAUAUUUAUUAACCAAGACCAGGAUAUGUAUUAUGAGGAAACAGAUAGGCCAGCCCGUGCUCGCACUUCAAAUUUGAAUGAGGAACUUGGUCAGGUAGAUACUAUACUGUCUGACAAAACUGGUACUUUAACAUGCAACUCUAUGGAGUUCGUUAAAUGCUCCAUAGCUGGUAUCGCUUAUGGCCGUGGUAUUACUGAAGUGGAGCAGGCUAUCACAAGAAGGAAAAAAGAUGGUGCUCUUGAAUCUGUUGACGCUUCGUCUGGUAUAGAGAAGCAUAGUGGCAAUAUUGUGGACUCAAGAAAGUCAAUCAAGGGUUUCAACUUCAUGGACGAACGUCUCAUGGAAGGGAGGUGGAUGAAUGAACCUCAUGCUGAUGUCAUACAGAAAUUCUUUCGUGUGUUAGCUAUCUGCCAUACUGCCAUUCCUGAUGUGAAUAAGCAGUCAGGUGAAAUUUCUUAUGAAGCCGAGUCACCAGAUGAAGCUGCGUUUGUCAUAGCUGCAAAGGAGCUUGGCUUUGAAUUCUAUGAAAGGACACAGAAUAGGAUAAAGUUGCAUGAAUUAGAUCCUAAGACUGGAAAAAAGGUUGAUAGAUCGUACGAGCUUCUUCAUGUCAUAGAAUUUAGUAGUUCCCGCAAGCGAAUGUCCGUGAUAGUGAGGAAUGAAGAGAAUCAGUUGUUACUCCUUUGCAAGGGUGCAGACAGUGUAAUGUUUGAAAGGCUCUCAAAUGAUGGGCGGAUAUUUGAGGUAGAGACCAAAGAUCAUAUUAACAUAUAUGCUGCGGCAGGCUUAAGAACCUUGAUAAUUGCAUAUCGUGAACUGGCUGAAGAAGAGUACACAAUGUGGGAAGAGGAGUUCUUAAAGGCCAAAACAUCUGUUUCUGCUGACAGAGAUGCACUGGUAGAUGCUGCAGCAGAUAAGAUUGAAUGGGAUUUGAUACUUCUUGGUGCUACGGCUGUGGAAGACAAACUGCAAAGAGGGGUUCCUGAGUGCAUUGAGAAGCUCUCCCAGGCUGGGGUUAAGAUAUGGGUCUUAACUGGGGACAAGUUGGAAACUGCAGUCAAUAUUGGGUAUGCAUGUAGCUUGCUGAGGGAAGGGAUGAGGCAAAUUGUGAUUACACUAGAUACUCCAGAUAUCAUUGCCUUGGAGAAACAAGGAGACAAGGAAGCCAUUGCAAAGGCUUCUCGUGAGAGUGUGACGAUGCAAAUGCGGGAAGGAAAAUUUCAAGUUGUUUCUUCUAGACAAAGUCGUGUUUCAUCUGCUUUGAUAAUUGAUGGUAAGUCUUUGACUUUUGCUCUUGCGGAGGAUCUAGAGAGCUUGUUUCUGGAGCUUGCAAUCGAUUGUGCAUCUGUUAUUUGCUGUCGUUCCUCACCAAAACAGAAAGCACUUGUUACCAGAUUGGUGAAAAAGUCAACAGGUAAAACAACAUUAGCAAUUGGUGAUGGAGCAAAUGAUGUUGGCAUGCUUCUAGAAGCAGAUAUAGGUGUUGGCAUCAGCGGUGUGGAGGGAAUGCAGGCUGUAAUGGCUAGUGAUUUUGCAAUAGCUCAGUUUCGUUUUCUGGAGCGUCUGUUGCUGGUGCAUGGCCAUUGGUGUUACAGGCGAAUAGCCAUGAUGAUAUGCUACUUUUUCUACAAAGACAUAACAUUUGGUUUAACUUUAUUUUGGUUUGAGGCGUGUGCCUCUUUCUCCGGCCAACCUGCUUAUAAUGAUUGGUACAUGUCCACCUACAAUGUCUUCUUCACUUCCCUUCCUGUAAUUGCGCUUGGUGUCUUUGAUCAGGAUGUUUCAGCACGCCUCUGCCUCAAGUACCCUCUGUUACAUCAAGAAGGUGUACAGAACAUCCUCUUCAGCUGGGCUCGUAUACUUGGUUGGAUGCUUAAUGCGGUUACCAGUUCUGUUAUCAUCUUCUUCUUCACCACCAGCUCAGUCCUUCACCAGGCCUUCCGGAGAGAUGGAAAAGUGGCAGGGUAUGAAGUCCUCGGGGUUUUAAUGUACACUUGUGUUGUGUGGACUGUAAACUGCCAGAUGGCUCUUGCCAUCAACUACUUCACAUGGAUCCAACAUUUUCUCAUCUGGGGUAGCAUUUUCUUGUGGUACAUCUUCUUGGUUAUUUAUGGUUUUCUUCCACCAACGUUUUCUACAACUGCAUACCAUGUCCUCGUGGAAGCUUGUGCGCCGAUUCCUCUCUACUGGUUGAUUAUCUUCUGUGUUGUUGUAUCUGCAUUGGUGCCUUAUUUUUCCUAUAAGGCUUUUCAAAUCCAAUUCUGUCCUACGUACCACAACAAAAUUCAGAGAGCACGAUUAGAAGGCGAAGAGGCUCAAAGUUCUGUUGGGCUCUGUUCUGGGAUUAAAGACAGAAAUUGGAAUUUGAAGGAGAGACGGGGGCGAGAAACUCAUGAAACAGUAGUCUCAUCAACAUGUCUUAUGUAAGGUGCUAAACAAAUGAAGCUUUGAUAUGUUAUUUGAACUUAUAUAUAUUCUCUUCAGAGUGCUGUGAUGCAGAGAAGAUUGGGUCCAUAUCUUAGUGGUGGCUUGGAGUUUUAGACUUUCCUCGGCUAUGGUUCAGGUGUUCUCACUGAAUCCAAGGCACACUGUUCUUGAGAUGGAAGAAUUCCCAGAUGCUGUUUUUGUCAUCACUAAAUGCAUAGGCUAUGAUUUCUUUUCAGGGUAGGAAUGUUACCAUCAGUGUUGAUCAUGAAACAGUGAACCAGGUCCCUUUCCUGCAGGAGGUGUGUUUAAGGAAUAUGGCAAAAUUGUGGGGGAAGUAGUUGCUAGUGUGAAGGUCAGUGGUUAUCUUGUGCCUCAGGAAAGGUAGUCAUUUUGAGAGUUCCCCAAAUUUGUGUGGCUAAUAUGAUAAAACAUUGACAUUUGGUACGGUCCAAGUGCCAGUGGACGGCCACAGCCACACUAUGCGACACAAGUCUUAAGAAGCUAAUCUAACUAUUGAUGCAAGCAGUCACACUUGUUUUGCGUCACAUAUAUGCAUAGGAUUUGAUUUUGUGAGGUAGGGCUAACGAGUUGCUAAUGCUUUGUUACUUCUUGAA